CGCGCGCGGACAAAAUAAGCAAACGAGGCAGCGCGCGGGCGACAAGUCCGUCCAUCUCCUCUCAGAAGCUUUUGGCCCUUUUCCUCGUUUGUUUGUUAUGAAAGAGUUAGGCGUCUGAAAGGCGUCGGGGACUUGGAGGCUUUGGGAUUGUCACAAGGAAGCUAACGGCGACGCACUAUAAGCGGCUGCCCCGCUGAUUUUUGUUUUUCUUCUUUUCAAAUUGUAUGCGAUUACUUGGAUCGGAUUCCCCAUGGAUGGCACAUUUAUUCAAGCGACCGACUUGCCUGUUGCAGCUUCCAGCGCGGAGUGAGCGAGAAUCGCACUGAGGCACGAGCCUUUUUUCUCCCCACUGAAACGGCUCGACUCUCCGUCACAUCCAAAAGCCGAGCGGGGGGAACGAGAGAGGGAAAAGAGGAGAAAAAUCCCGCUUCGUCUUCAUCACCUUCAGAUCUUGCCGUCUGAUUUUUUGUUUUUGUUUGAAAACUGCCGAUACAUGUCAGGCGUGUGAAAGCGCCCCAGGUGCCGUGUAUCAGAGCAGAAGCGGAGCAGCUCUCGGGAUCUCAGGGGCUGAAACUCCUGGAAAAAAAACCCCUGAAAGAGAAACAUGCCGCGGAGGAAACAACAAGCGCCCCGGCGCUCGGCAGCGUAUGUGCCAGAGGAGCUGAAGGAGGCUGCCUUACUAGAUGAGGAUGUUGAGGGAGACGAUUCAGCUCUGGAGGAGGAACCUGCCAUGAAGUAUUUGUGCCAAGACAAGGACUUACUCCUUAAAGACAGACCAGGCUUCCACGAGUCUCCACCUGCUGAUAUCUCCAGCCACGAGAUGGACAGCGAGUCACACCUGAGUGAGACUAGUGACCGCAUGUCAGACUUUGAGAGUGCAUCAGUAAAAAAUGAAGAGGACAGCUCAGCCAAGGAGCCUAUCACCUCACUUUCUUCAACUUCAUCUAUGAUGAUGACAACAACCGCCAUGCCAAGCAGUGAGGAGGUGGCACCACUAGGCCCAGACAGCCUUGAGCAGAUGAAAGCUAUCUACACUAGCUUUCUGACCAACUCCUACUGGUCAUCUCUGAACUUGAAUAUGUCUCAGCAGCCAGCAGAAAAGCCCCCACGUAGUCACAGUAGUAGCAGCAGCAGUAGUAGCAGCAGCAGUAGCUGUGGUAGUGGAGGUUAUGACUGGCACCAGACAGCCGUGGCUAAGACCUUACAGCAUGUUUCGCAGAACCAAAGUAGACUGCUGCAUCCAGCAUCCGAGCCAAACCUAUUUAGUUCUGUGCAGCUUUACCGACAGAGCACAAAACUGUAUGGCUCCAUCUUCACUGGUGCAAGCAAGUUCCGUUGCAAAGACUGCAGUGCUGCUUAUGACACUCUGGUUGAGCUCACGGUACACAUGAAUGAGACAGGUCACUAUCGAGAUGACAACCAUGAGACAGACAGGGAAGGUACCAAGCGCUGGUCAAAGCCUCGCAAGCGUUCCCUCCUUGAGAUGGAAGGAAAAGAGGAUGCACAGAAAGUUCUUAAGUGCAUGUACUGUGGUCAUUCUUUUGAGUCACUGCAGGACCUCAGUGUUCACAUGAUCAAGACGAAACACUACCAGAAAGUGCCUCUUAAGGAACCUGUAACACCGGUGGCAGCCAAGAUUAUCUCCUCAGCUCGUAAAAGAGCCCCCAUUGAGCUAGAACUCCCCAGCUCACCAGACUCCAAUGGUGGCACCCCCAAGCCCUCUUUAUCUGACCCCAGUGACCUUUUUCAAAAGAUUCCCAAUCCCUACAUCACACCCAACAAUCGGUAUGGACACCAGAAUGGUGCAAGCUAUGCAUGGCAGUUUGAGUCACAGAAAUCCCAGAUCCUGAAGUGUAUGGAGUGUGGAAGCUCGCAUGACACACUGCAGGAGCUAACAGCCCACAUGAUGGUCACAGGUCACUUCAUUAAGGUCACUAACUCUGCAAUCAAGAAAGGCAAACCUAUCAUGGAGUCAAUACCAACAACUGCUCCUAACACUGUACCAACUAAUGAAGACAAGGUACAGUCAGUUCCACUAGCUGCUACUGCAUUCUCCCCACCACCACCUGCACCUCCUCCCCCUAGUAUUUCCCCUUCCAUUACACCCAUGGAGAUAAAAAAGGAAGAGAAGGAAGUAGAAUGUACCAACGAGCUAAAUAAUAGCAGCAAAGAAAAGAAGGCAACAGAAAGUGAGACAGAAGAAAAGUUUGAAGUUUCAUCCAAAUAUCCAUACUUGACAGAGAAAGAUCUUGAAGAAAGCCCAAAGGGGGGAUUUGACAUUCUGAAGUCUCUAGAGAAUACAGUAACAUCUGCUAUCAACAAAGCACAGAAUGGCACACCCAGCUGGGGAGGCUACCCCAGUAUUCAUGCUGCCUACCAGCUUCCAAACAUUAUGAAACUUUCUCUGCGCAACUCAGGGAAAAGUUCCCCUUUGAAAUACAUGUUUUCUGGAGAAGAAAUUCUGUCUCCUACCAAAAUCCAACCACUAAUCUCUCCACCUAGUUGCCAAACAUCCCCUUUGCUCAAAAACAACUUCCAUGCCAUGGAGGAGCUUGUCAAAAAAGUGACAGAAAAAGUGGCCAAAGUAGAGGAGAAGAUGCGGGAUCCUGGAGCUAGGACUUCCCCACUUAGACGGACCACUCCUUCUCCUUGCAGUAGUGAUGCAGGAGAAUCUGCCAGAGGGGAGUCCCCCAAGGAAAGAAGAGGAGCCAAAACCCCUGAGGCCAAUGGUGAUGGAAACACUCACAAAGACUCAAAUAGUAAUGCUUUCACAAAAGAAUCUCUGGAAAAUGGCAUUGACCAUGUUGCCAAAACCCCUGUUUCCACCUUAUGCAGCAGCACUGCUAUCAUAACUGACCAUCCUCCAGAGCAGCCAUUUGUCAACCCUUUAAGUGCGCUUCAGUCUGUCAUGAAUGUUCACCUUGGCAAAGCUGCCAAACCUGCUCUGCCAUCCCUUGACCCCAUGAGCAUGCUUUUCAAGAUGAGCAACAGCCUGGCAGAGAAGGCAGCUGUAGCUGCCUCCACUCCUUCUCAGACCAAAAAAACAAACGAGCAUCUGGAUCGCUACUUCUACCACAUCAACAAUGACCAGCCUAUUGAUCUGACCAAAGGCAAGAGCGAUAAGAGCAACUCCCUGGGAUCUGCUGCCCUGUCCUCCGCCACCUCCACUCCCACCUCGAUUUCACCCUCAUCAACCAUCACCAUGACCAAGGCCUCAUCUGCGGUUGCUUCAUUCAUGUCAAACUCACCUCUGCGUGAGAAUGCCCUGUCUGACAUCUCUGAUAUGUUACGCAACCUCACAGAGAACCACACGUCCAAGUCCUCCACACCAACAAGUCUUUCAGAGCGCUCCGAUAUUGACGGGUCAACACCUGAGGAAUCAGAGGAGAUUUCUCCUGCUCAGAAACGUAAAGGCCGGCAGUCCAACUGGAAUCCUCAGCAUCUACUUAUCCUACAGGCACAGUUUGCCUCCAGUUUGAGGCAAACAGGUGAUGGCAAGUACAUUAUGUCAGACCUCAGUCCACAGGAGCGUAUGCAUAUUUCCCGCUUUACUGGCCUCUCAAUGACUACUAUCAGCCACUGGCUGGCCAACGUCAAAUACCAGCUGAGACGGACAGGUGGCACAAAAUUCUUGAAAAAUCUUGACUCUGGCCACCCUGUCUUCUUCUGUAGUGACUGUGCAUCACAAAUCCGUUCCCCUUCCACCUAUGUUAGCCAUCUUGAGUCACAUCUGGGCUUCCGGCUCAGGGACCUGGCUAAGUUAUCAGGAGAGCAACUAGUUAGCCAGAUCUCACGCCACACCAAGGGGCUCUCUGAGAAACUGCUCGCAGCCCAGGUGCAUUCUUUGGCCCAUUCAAUCCCCAACCCCAGUCCUCAAUCACUCUCCCCCUCCCCUUCCCCAGAUGAGGAGGCUAAUGGCACAUCAUAUCAGUGUAAACUGUGUAACCGGACUUUUGCCAGUAAGCACGCUGUCAAGCUCCAUCUGAGUAAGACCCAUGGUAAAUCCCCUGAGGACCAUCUUAUGUAUGUUAGUGAACUUGAGAAACAUUAGCGAUGGCCAAGGACAAAACUGUCUCUCAUCUCUUUAGCUCUGUCCUUUUUUCCAAGCCUUUCCAAUUAACAUUUCUUAUGAAUAUAUAUAUAUAUAUAUAUAUAUAUAUAUAUAUAUAUAUAUAUAUAUA